GGCUCGGCGGGGCCUGUGUGGGCGGCCUCGCUGGUCUGCGGUCCAGGCGCGCGGCGGCCGCGGCGCCCGCGGCCCCGUCUUCAGACUGCAGCAGCCACGGCUUUCGGCGGGCAGGUUGCCAAGAGCCCGAGCGACUCGCGGGAGUACCAGGCCGUUCGCCUUGCGAACGGCCUGCGGGCGGUCCUCGUCUCGGACUCGGCAGCCACGGCGGCCGCGGCGGCGGUUGCUGUGCACGCUGGGUUCUAUCUGGAUCCUGACGAGCUGCCGGGUCUUGCGCACUUCUGCGAGCACAUGCUCUUCCUGGGCACAAAGGAUUUCCCUGGGGAGAACUCGCUCCGGCAGUUUCUGACCGCCAACGGGGGCAGCCAGAACGCGUUCACCACCGAGCAGGAUACCACGUACUACUUCAACGUGUCGCCACCGGCCCUGCAGGACAGCCUGGUGCGAUUCAGCUCGUUCUUCAAGUCUCCCCUCUUCACGCCGUCUGCCACCGCACGCGAGCUCGCUGCGAUAGAGUCCGAGGACGCCAAGAAUCGGCAGGACGACUCGUUCCGGCUCAACCAGCUCACGAAGAGUUUCGCGGCCGAAGGCCACCCGCAGCGCAAGUUCGGGACUGGGAACCUGGAGACCCUGCUGACGGAGCCGCAGAGGCGGGGCUUGGACACGCGCGCUGCCCUCGUGGAUUUCUUCGGGCGCUACUACGACGCCAGCCUGAUGACGCUGUGCGUGGUCGGCAGGGAGACCACUGGAACACUGCUGCGCUGGGUGGAGGACAGCUUCGGCGCCCUGGUGGGGCGCGGGCUGCCCAGCCCGUACCGGGCGUGGCGCGGCGUCGACCCGUUUCCUUCGGCCUCCUCGCCGGGCGAGCUGAAGAUGGUGCAGGCCGUGCCCGUGGCGAGCCGGCGGCUGGUGUCCGUGGCCUGGACGGUUGUUUUCCCUGACGAGGCGAUGCGCAUGGAGUGGCUGCGCUGCAAGCCCGCAGGGUACGUCAGCUUCCUGGUGGGCCACGAGGGCGAGGGCUCGCUGCUGAGCCUGCUGAAGGCGCGCGGCUGGGCCACGGGCGUCACCGCGGGCGUCGUGCGCGAGGA